CGCUCAUUCAGUUCAACUGAGCGGUUCAUUAAAAACAAGUGCGGUGUGUGUGUGUCUCGCAUCUGUUGAGCGACAUAUUAGCUCCGGAAAGCUGUACAAAGAUGAAGCGUCUUCUCCUAGUGAUAUCUGUGAUCUGCAGCAUUUCUUUUGCGAAACAAAAUUCGCCUUUUGAAGAGGUGCACGAGCUUUUGAACUACGGGGAGCUUCUAAGAGUGCCCGAAAAAGACCUUAUAUUUCUCUUUGGAUCGAGCGGUGUCGACAAAUCGACUCUGACAAAAUUCGUGAUAAAGGACGAGACGCUAAAGGUGCGACGGAAGGGCAGCAAACUCGUGUUUGAAAGUAAGAGAAGCCAAAAUCGGACGCAAUUUCAAGAUGUCCUACCACAUUUCUACCAGGACAAAGCCACCGGAAACGUUUUGGUAGAUGUUCCUGGCUUCACCGAAUCCCGAGAGCCAAAGUUGGACAUCGCGGGAGCGUAUUUUACAAAGAGCGCUUUGCAGCACGCCGAGAGUUUGAAAUUAAUUUUUGUGGAGAAUCACGCGAACCUUAUGGAUGGUGCGGACACGGCCCCAGUGUUGAAACUGUUGAGGCACGCCGCCAAGCAACUGCCCAGAAUCGAAGUUUUCAAAAACUCUGUUGGGCUUGUGGUGGCAAAGGUGCAUGACCAGCAGGGAGAUGAUUCAGAAAUUUUGAGCAGCGUCCUAAAUCAAUUGCUAGCCGUGAAAGACGAACUGGAUUUCGAUUUGACAGAACAAGAUAAAUAUUCAGGGGAGUAUAACGAGACUUUUGACAUGCUGGAAGUCUUAGGUUCGAUUUAUGCGAACGGCACAGCGGAAAAUAUCGCUCUCUUCCGCAACCCUGACCAGGAAACCUCGCCCUGGGCGUCGGAAAUGAUGUCAAAAUGCCAGCAAGAGCUGCGCGUUCUCUUUUUCGGCAGUCUUGAUUUUUGCCCAACAGACGGCGUUCAGUUUCCAUUUUCCAUUCUUCACAGAAGUCGUGAUUACAUAAUGCAGAAUAUUAUUCCGAAAAAUAACAAAUUGGCAACGCGGUUUUUAGCAAAGAUAUUAAACGAGUUUCAGGUCUGCAUUGAAAGCGCUAUGAAAAUUAAUCACAAGAUUAAUGAGAAAGCGUCAUUUAUAUCAAAGGCAUCGUUGAAUUUUCAAGAGUUGAUUCUGACUGGUGGAAUUUUUGAUUCCCUUGACGCAUUAUUGAGCUUGAAAGAAAAACUGACGACCGUAUGCGACGCAUGGCGAAACAUCGACUUGUCCAUCAUGCAAAACUUGAUUAAAUCAACUCAACUCGCUUACGAUUUAGCGAGUGCAGAUAUUUCUAAUUUCCUUGACCAAGUGGAGCAGACCGUGAUCGAUAAAUCGCAAAUUAUCAAAGGAAUGGAUGACUUUUACACAUUUUUACAGAGGCUGACAGUGGAGCUGAAAUCAUAUGAAGUGCAAAUAUUGCGGAAAUCGGCGUUUCUUGAAGUAUCCGCCGACAACUACAAAGAUUUCAUUUUUAACCUGUCAAAAUUCAAAAUCAAAGUCGCUAACAAAGACAAACUCAUUAGCUUGAAGCCUACCCGUCAAAUGAUCCAAGAUCUGAACUCAAUUUUAAACCGAAAUUUGAACCACACCACCCGCCGGUCCUUUAACAAUUUCGGACAGGAAUUGAUCUACGAAGGGAGAAAUUUGAUCUUAUCUGAAAUCGCUCCAGAGCUGGGAAAAUUUCAAAAACUGCAAAACCUUUACCUUUUUGCACAGGGCACAAUUUUCAUUGACUGCGACCUAGUUCUUGUCGACGCCAAUGUGUCCUUGGCUGCACCGACCAUCGAGGUUAUAGGCGGUAAUUUGACUUUCAACAUGAGCGGUAGGAACGGAAAAAGCGCCUCUCCCAGGCUAAGCUCUUCCCCCAAGGAUGGUUCACCCGGCGAGGACGGCCACAACGCGGGUCACACCCUGAUUUUGGCUCUUGAAGUGAAACGGGGGGCGCAGCUCACCAUCGCCAGCAAGGGCGGAAACGGCGGCGACGGUCAAGACGGUGCCAGAGGGCUGGAAGGGGUGAGCAGCCCCUCGCCGCACUUCACCGAUUUCUACCCUGAGUUCGUGAGUGGCGUUGCAAAUUGGGGACCAAUCAAGAGUCACGGCUACUCGAUCGAGCACCCUGACAAGGGGACGCUUGUGUUGGUCAACAAGCAGGGCGCCCGGCCGCCAACCAACGGAGGGCACGGGGGUGCCGGAGGAAAGGGUGGCAAAGCGGGACACAAUUUCUUCCUUGUGUGGAAAGACGACCAUCAACUGCGUGUCCAGGCUGCGGAUGGACUUUCUGGCCGACAUGGAAAGGGAGGAAAGGGGGGCGAGGGCAAAAGCACCUGUGCCAAGAACAUAUACUCAGGAAAGUGCAAGACGAGGGAAUGCGAAAUGCUCAGAUUGGCGGCAGUGUUCUUCGUUGAGAGCGACACUAAAAACGAAUGCAGAUGCAUGCUGCAGAAAAAAGAAUUUUGCGAAACAGAGCCGGACGCCGCCGACGGUUUGGCUGCGUAUUUCCAGAGCAUUCCAUCCCCAAGCACAAAGCUGGUUGACUGGCAAGGUUUAGAAGCGAAACUAAACAAAUCCGCGUUGUUUCGAUUGAACUCUGUUGGCUCUGAGGACGAGGAAGAGUUGAAAAAUUACGUUGAAUACGCUAGGAGCACAGUGAAAACUGCGAUGCAAAUUUUUUCGGGAAUGAACUUCAAAAUUUUCUCCCAGUAAAAAAUGCGUUAUUGUAAACGUCAAAUAUCGAGCCCCUAUCAAGAUACACUGAUAAGCCUUAUAGAUUUUUUCUCAAUUGUAUAAACAAAAACUGCUAAAAUUAGUUCAGUAGUGAAGCCAUUUAUUUUUAAUAGAAUAAUUAUUUGUAUUUCGGUUGUUCGUUUCAUAAUCAAUAAAUGCGUCUAUCAAAAG